CCACUGGCUUGACACUGCGUAAUUAUCUCUCACUAAUAAUUAGGUUGGCCGACCAUUCGCCCCUCAGGCCCGCAGAUAAACAAUGGCAGUAAUGAGAGAGUGUUUGGCGCCGCUGGUUGUUGAAUGGGCAACAAUUGCUCUUAGUCCCAUCCCCCGUCUCCGGGGUUCCUUUACUCUAAACUAUGUAUAUAAACACCCAUUAGCCAUUUCUUUCGCCUCACCUGUGCAACCCCCAGAGGACGUUAAAUAAAUAUCCUUUUAUUUCCCUUUGAGGUGCGGAUCCAAGUAUUUAUAUUCGAACUUUCUUCUCGCUACACUCAUGCCUCAAGUGCUUGCUGCUCGAUCAGUGCCUUUAUCAUUAGGCUUCAACCCACUUCCAGGAGUGACAUCGCCAAUGGACACGUACUAUACAUCUUCUGCCGUUCAAGACAGCUUUCCACGACGGAGUACAUCAUCCUCGCAGCCUGCCUACUACGCUGGUUCUGCAAAUGGCCCUGUGAUCUACCAACAAAGUGGGACCCGCGGCUUUUCAAACUCCCAUGACUAUGUGGAUAUGGAUGUUGCAGGUAGAGCCGCUGGACAACCCAAUCCAAUGGAUUACCAGUCCUAUUACAGUCCAUCCUCUUCUUCGUCCAAGUAUAGGCGAUACUCGAGCGCAUCGAUGACUCAAACACCAAUCGGACAACCACCUCGCCAAGUCUCUAUACAUGCAGAGUGGGAUAGGCCAGCCAGAAUCUCCCCGGAUGGCUAUAUGCGUGACCCGGAGUCGCCCCGAUCUUACGACACCGCAGAGUAUAUGGUAGAAACGAGUGGCAAGGUUCGUCCAGGCGAAAAACCUAGAGGUAGCGUUAAGUAUCAUUCUCAAAGACGAUCAUCUAAUCGUGAUGAAUUUGACGGACCACACCAACUACUCAACCCGCCAUCUCCGAAAACAAUUGCCGCUCAAGACCGCGAGCUACCCAACCUGCCUACUAAUCUCGAUGUCUCAGAGCAAGACCGUAUUCUGUGUGAGGUUAAUGACCGCCUCUCACAGUGCGCAUUUGAUUUUGUGGCCAAGUAUCAGUUUCCAAUUCCUAUUGAGCCGGAUAAAAGACAGGUGAGGGUACCAGCAGACCGGGAAUGGACCGAAUGGGUUUACCUUUUGAAAAGACUGGCCACCAAGCGUCGGAUCCCUGCCCGGGUUCUUUAUAAUGGCCAGAUUAAACAACUUGUUACCGUUUUGGAAAACUCCUUGGAAAUGCGUCACGCCGCAAAACAUCAAUCCAGGCCCGUAAAAGAUGACCGUAAUGUCCUUCAACUUAUUUCCGCUGGAACUCAGGUUGCCAAAAUCCUAAAGGAUGCCACUGCCAUGGAGUAUUUGGACCGUUUAUACCAGGAAACCGAGAAACGGAUUAAAGACCGACAGACCCGUCGAGUCAAAUUUGCCGCUUGAAAUGAUUAUGGCCAUAUGUACUUGGAUAACUCUUUUGCACAACUGGUCCUUUGUGCCUUUUUUUGCUUUUUUUUCUUCUACGCGCGUUGCUGCUUUACGCCGUUGUUUAACCCGGCAAAGAGAGAUGAGAAGAUGAUGAAUGCUCCGCGUCAAUUUGUGCAUGCCGACCCCAAUUCCUGGGAGUAAAUUGAGGGAAAACCCGAUGGUCCAGUGAAUAUUUCAGGAGAAUUUUAAUGGAAC